AUGUCCACCGGCAGUAGCUGGGACGAGGGCUCGAAAACGAACAAUCCGGCCUCGUCACCGUCCGAUACAGCCACGGUGCAGACAAGUUCGACCAAGUGCGGCGGAAGUUGCGACGAUCCGGCCUCCUCGCCGGUGACGAUGGAGGACGGUGUAGCGUGUCUGUCGAUCAAGGCUGAAGAUGAACUGGAACAGCAACAGCAGCAACAGCGAUCGUACCAUUGCGGAUGGUUUGCGAUUCGACCGAAAUGGAUGGCUCGCUUCAUGACGCCCAAGUGGGCCCUCUUUUGGCUUUGCUGGGCCGGUGCAGUGCAGGGCCUCGUCGUCAACGGUUUCAUAAACGUUGUCAUCACGACCAUCGAGCGGCGAUUCGGACUACGCUCAACCCAGACGGGCCUGGUGGCCAGUGGCUACGAUAUCGCGUCCUUUCUGUGCCUGGUGCCGGUAUCGUACUUUGGUGGACGGCUCGGGGCCUCGAAACCACGCUGGAUUGGGUGGGGUGUAGCGGUGAUGGGCCUCGGGGCGUUCGUCUUCGCCCUGCCACAUUUCCUCGUGGGUCCUUACCGGGCGACUACCUCGGACCAGAAUGUGUGUGUUGUGGCUUCACUACUGGCCAACGGGACGAGCGGUUCGGUGGAAGCCCUCACGGAGCUCACGGGAUGUGGCCACGAUACGGUUUCGCCGACGGCAAACGGUGGCCAUGUUCCGGCACCGGAUAGCGAAAACCUGUCCUGGAAUGUGUGGUUCUUCUUCACCGCCCAACUGCUGCUGGGAGCUGGAGCAUCGCCUCUGUACACUCUCGGCGUCACGUACAUCGACGAGAACGUCUCGAAGAAGAUGUCUUCCGUGUAUCUAGGUAUUUACUACACAAUGGCGGUUGUUGGACCAGCUGCCGGCUACGUCAUCGGUGGACAGUUGCUGCUCUUCUACACCGACAUGUUCGUCGUCGAUGCUACCACGCUAGGUCUAACGCCGCACAGCAAGGUGUGGGUUGGAGCCUGGUGGAUUGGGUUUGUGUUCAUGGCCGCCUUCUGCCUGCUGCUGGCCAUUCCCAUCCUGGCGUAUCCUUCCGCCCUGCCCGGGUCGGAAAAGCUCCAGAAGGUGUCCGAAGCACACCGAGGUGACGAUGGUGAUGGCGAACGACGUCAGGAGACGUUCACCAAGAUCAAGCAAAUUCCGAGAGCGCUCUUAGCUCUGUUACGCAACCCGACUUUCUUCUUCCUGAACCUGGCUGGCGCCUCCGAGGGGCUAGUCAUUUCUGGCUUCGCCGUCUUCCUACCGAAGUUGAUCGAGAACCAGUUCAGCGUGACUGCGGUCUGGUCGGCACUGCUCAUGGGAAUUAUCACAGUUCCAGCCGGUGGGGGUGGAACGUUUCUUGGCGGUUACCUCGUGAAAAAGCUGCAUCUCUCCUGUUCGGGAAUUAUCAAGUUCUGCCUAUUUGCGACCAUCUUCGCCGCUCUGUUCACCGUGUGUUUCUUCCUAUCCUGCCCAAACCUGACAUUCGCGGGUGUGACGGCGCCCUAUUUCCCGCACGAGAACCUCGACGGUCCUUAUGCCCACUCAACGGAACCUCGUGAUCUCUACUACCUACCUAAACACCUUGAGAACGCUUGCAAUGACCGAUGCGCGUGUAGCCGGCGAAAUUACGAGCCAAUAUGUGGUGCAGAUGGAGUGAUGUACUACUCGCCAUGUCACGCUGGUUGUGGCGAAGAGAUCAACCUGGAGAACGCCAAGGUGUACCGGGAUUGCACCUGCAUAAAUGCAACGUUCCACGGGGAUGCAAGUCCGCAGAUGUACGGAGGUGGUAGCUAUGAUGCGGUCAACACCAUGUGCCAGUCACAGUGUGGUCACUUAUGGAUGUUUGUGGCACUCUGCUUCCUUGUGAUGUUCUUCACCUUCCUCGCCACGAUGCCGGCCCUAUCGGCGACACUACGGUGCGUUCAUGAUGACCAACGCUCGUUCGCCCUUGGCAUCCAGUGGAUCAAGGUCCGCGUGUUGGGAACCAUCCCGGCGCCGAUGAUCUUCGGCCGGUUAAUCGACGAAACGUGCAUCCUAUGGCAGGAGUCGAGCUGUGACGAUCACGGGGCCUGUUUGGUUUACGAUAACGCCUUCAUGAGCAAGUACAUGCUGUUGCUGGCGCUGAUCGGGAAGGCCUGUUCGAUCCUGUUCUUUUUCGGAGCCUGGUUUUAUUACAUCCCACCCAAAGCGGUCACCAACGGCGAUACGCAUCAGCGGGACUCCGGUGAGUCGAAACCUACCGUGAAUGGGCAUAUCGCCGUAACUGGAACGGUAGAGAAAUAUUGAGAAUCUCGUCAAAACGCUCCAGAAUUCAUGAAGCUCAGACACAGCCAGUGUCUCGCUCAAGUCAUACGUAGUCUUAAG